AUGGCUCCUGUCCUCGCGUCCGAUGCGGUCUCGCAGGCUGAUACACCCAUGACUGAUACAAAUGACGACAUGGUCCCUUCGGUCCCCGUUGAUAGCGCCGACGCGCAAAUGACGGACUCCGACACUAAUCCCAACACCACUGCAAGCAGCGUUGCCGGCGACGCGGCCGAUGGACGUAGGCGCAGAUCUGAGGCCAAUAACCUGAGGAAAAGUAUCCUAGGCAAGAAGCAUGGUCGUCUAGAUGAUACAAAGGAGGAUGAUUCGAUUCGCCGAUUCCGGUACCUUCUGGGUCUCACUGAUCUAUUCCGCCACUUCAUCGAGACCAACCCAAACCCCCAAAUUAAGGAGAUUAUGGCCGAAAUCGACCGACAAAAUGCAGAGAAAGAAGAGAAAGUCCGGAAGGGUUCCAAGCGCAGUGGGGGUGCUAGUGGGGAGCGACGCCGCAGGACUGAACAGGAAGAGGACGCAGAGCUUUUACAAGAUGAGAAGCACGGAGGCGAUACCACCACUGUUUUCCGAGAGUCACCAGCAUUCGUCCACGGUGAACUACGUGAUUACCAGGUUGCUGGCUUGAACUGGCUGGUUUCGCUACAUGAGAACGGUAUCUCUGGUAUUCUGGCUGAUGAGAUGGGCCUCGGCAAGACUCUGCAGACGAUCUCUUUCCUCGGCUAUCUCCGUUUUAUCUGUGGUAUCAACGGGCCUCAUUUGGUUGUCGUGCCCAAAUCAACCCUGGACAAUUGGAAGCGGGAGUUCGCGAAGUGGAUCCCUGACAUUGAUGUCCUGGUCCUUCAAGGCAACAAAGAAGAGCGACAACAGUUGAUCAAUGAGCGCUUAGCUGAAGAGGAGUUUGAUGUGUGCAUCACCAGUUAUGAAAUGAUCCUCCGUGAGAAGUCGCACUUGAAGAAGUUUGCCUGGGAAUACAUCAUCAUCGACGAGGCCCACCGAAUCAAGAACGAAGAAUCAUCGCUGUCCCAAAUUAUCCGCCUUUUCAACUCACGCAAUCGGCUGUUGAUUACUGGUACCCCAUUGCAAAACAAUCUGCAUGAGCUGUGGGCUCUACUCAACUUCCUUUUGCCAGAUGUCUUCGGCGAUUCAGAGGCAUUCGAUCAGUGGUUCUCAAACCAAGAUUCUGACCAAGACACUGUCGUGCAGCAACUCCACCGUGUUCUUCGCCCCUUCCUGCUCAGACGUGUGAAGAGUGAUGUCGAAAAGAGUUUACUACCGAAGAAGGAACUAAAUCUUUAUGUCCCCAUGUCUGAAAUGCAACGGAAGUGGUAUCAGAAGAUUCUGGAGAAGGAUAUUGACGCCGUCAAUGGUGCCGCCGGGAAGCGCGAGUCCAAAACACGCUUGUUGAACAUUGUUAUGCAGUUGCGGAAGUGCUGCAACCAUCCUUAUCUCUUUGAGGGUGCUGAACCAGGUCCCCCAUACACGACGGACGAGCAUCUUGUUUUCAACUCAGGAAAGAUGGCCAUUUUGGACAAGCUCCUGAAGCGCAUGCAAGCGGAUGGCAGUCGUGUGCUUAUCUUCUCCCAGAUGAGUCGUGUGCUGGAUAUUCUGGAAGAUUACUGUGUGUUCCGAGACUAUAACUACUGCCGUAUUGACGGUACUACCGCCCAUGAGGACCGAAUUGCUGCCAUUGAUGACUACAACAAACCCGGAUCUGACAAGUUCGUUUUCCUUCUCACUACCCGAGCGGGUGGUCUGGGCAUCAACUUGACCACAGCCGAUAUUGUGGUUCUCUUCGACAGUGACUGGAAUCCACAGGCUGAUUUGCAGGCCAUGGAUCGUGCUCACCGUAUUGGCCAAACCAAGCAGGUUAAAGUCUUCCGGUUUGUCACGGAGAAUGCCAUUGAAGAGAAGGUCCUCGAGCGAGCAGCUCAGAAACUCCGCUUGGAUCAGCUUGUCAUCCAGCAGGGUCGUGCCGGACAACAGGCCAGCAAAGCAUCUUCAAAAGAUGAUUUGUUGGGCAUGAUUCAGCACGGUGCUGCCAACGUCUUUAACACCAAGGGUGCCGAUGCAACCGAGGUCACUGAGGAUCAGGAUAUCGAAAGUAUUCUGCGUAAAGGUGAAGAACGGACUGCGGAGCUCAGCAAAAAAUACGAGGCCCUCGGCAUUGAUGAUUUGCAGAAGUUCUCGUCCGAGAGCGCAUACGAAUGGAACGGCAAAGAUUUCACCGAGCGCAAGAAAGAUAUUGGCAUCAGUUGGAUCAACCCAGCCAAGCGUGAACGCAAAGAACAGUUCUAUUCCAUCGACAAAUACUACCGCCAGGCCUUAGCCACCGGAGGCCGAACCGCCGACACAAAGCCCAAGGUCCCACGUGCUCCUAAACAAAUCACUGUCCACGACUGGCAAUUCUUCCCUCCUGGUCUACACGAGCUCCAGGAAAAGGAGACAGCUUAUUUCCACAAGGAAAUUGGGUACAAGGCCCAAUUACCCGAAGGCCCCGAAGAGGAGCUUAGUGAACGAGAGGCCGAGCGAGAUCUUGAACAGCAGGAGAUUGACAACUCUGUCCCGCUUACCGAGGAUGAGCAAGCCGAGAAAGCUCGCAUGUCCGAAGAAGGAUUUGCCACCUGGAAUCGACGUGAUUUCCAGCAAUUCGUCAAUGGAUCUGCCAAGUUUGGCCGUACCGACUACAAGGGUAUUGCUACCGAGAUAGAUAGCAAGGAGCCCGAUGAGAUCAAGGAAUAUGCUGAGGUUUUCUGGCGACGAUACACCGAGAUCCAAGAUUAUCCCAAGUACCUCCGAGUCAUCGAACAAGGCGAGGAAAAGGUGCGGAAAAUGGAUCACCAACGCAAGAUGCUUCGCAAAAAGCUCGAAAUGUAUCGCGUGCCGCUUCAGCAACUCAAGAUCAACUACACUGUGUCCACCACGAACAAGAAGGUUUACACCGAAGAUGAGGAUCGAUUCCUGCUGAUCAUGCUGGACAAGUAUGGUGUCGAGGGCGAGGAUCUGUAUGAAAACAUUCGUGAAGAAAUUCGUGAAUCCCCUUUGUUCCGUUUCGAUUUCUUCAUGCUCAGUCGUACGCCUGUGGAAAUUGGUCGCCGCUGCACUACUUUGCUCAACACGGUGGCGAAGGAGUUUGAGCCUAACGGUGAGGGCAAAGGCCGUGGUCGCGACCGCGAUGAGGACGAGGAGAUUGAAGAUACGCCCCCUGCCAAGAAGAAGGCUAAGAACGGAGCUGCUCCAGCCAAACAAGCCAAGAGCACUAAGACCGCCAAGGGUGGCAGCAAGACCGCCUCCACAGCCAGUUCACGAGCCCCUAGUACUGCUGCGACCAAGAAAACUCGCAAGAGAUGA